AUGUUAACCUUAGAUACUGUAUCAUCCAAGGAAGGUCACGUUUCCGAUGUUAAAGCCUCAGCAGACGUGAUCAUCGACGAUCUACUUGGUUUUGAUGACGUUGUCCCCACCAGCCAGACAAGCCCUCCAGUUCAGCCUAUGGCCGCUGCUCCUCAGCCUAGUCACGUUCCAGCCACGCAGUCCAAAUCUCAUACAGCACUGGAUGAUAUUCUUUCACUGGAUCCGCUCAUGGGCAAUGGAUCCGAUUUCACUGUUCCUGCACAAACUCCUGCGCCAAAGCCUGAUAACACCGGCCUCCCUCCUGGCUUGAAGCCGGCACCAGCGGAUGUAGUGAUUCGGCCGGCGGUGGUAGAAAAAGAGGCGCUUAAGAGGAAAGAGAACCCACUGGACCAACUGGACACCACUCUGGCCAGUCUUGCCUCGAGUUUGGGCGGCAGUUCGUCCAACUGGGGCAGCAGCUCGGCAAAGUUCGUCCAAAUAUCAACUAUCCCUAUGCAGACAACUGGUGGUCCUCAUGGCGUUGUCGUACCCUUCCACAUCCGAAGACUCAUUCACAGAUCGUAUCAGGAUCUUUAG